CUCUAGUAAGCUCGGCGACUGUGUAAUUCUGAUACUCUGCUCCGAGUGGAUGUACAAGGAUGCAGGGGAAGAAGUUGAAGAUUUGCUGCUUUCGGUACGUCUGUGUUGGAUUGAUGCGAGUGGAUACACAAUCCAACGUCAUGCAAGCUGCGGCGGGGUCCCUAGACCGUAAGCGAUACGCAUGGCGACGAUGAUGAUGGCGGAUGUGGGAGAGCCACUCGGAAGGACACAAAUCGUUCGCGUACGUGCUGUGUCUAUAUACGCUACUAGUUGGUAGAUGAGUGGGCUGUCCUUGGGUGGGAGGGGGCGAUGGCACGUAUAAAUACUUGCCCGCAUCUCCUCUCGAGGACCUUGAUGUCUACUUAACUCACUGAUUUACCAUUCUUCCGACCUAAUCGAGUUAGUUUAUCCUGUUUUACUCAAUCAAUUGAUUUAAUUGGAGAGCCAUCAUGUCUGAAUACAGCGGAAAGUGUCACUGUGGGAACACGGAGUGGACGGCUAAGUUGGACAAGGAGCAGCAGGGACACAUUCUCUGCCAUUGCGAUACAUGCAAGAUCCUCUCCGGUAGCGUGUUCACGCUCAACCAAAUCAUCCCCAAAAGCGCUCUUACCAUCACCAAGGGAAGCGACCUCGGAAAAUACACCUACUACGGUGAUUCUGGCAAGGGUGUCCACUGCUACUACUGCAAGAACUGCACGGCCCACGUCUACCACCACCAGGAAAUCAUGGGCGAUGACACAAUUGUGCUUCGCACUGGAUUGCUCAAGGAGGGACUUGACGGCACACUGAAGCCAGCUGCUGAGAUUUACGGCAAGGCGAGGUUGGGCUGGGAGAAGGAGGUUGCCAACACUUUCGAGACCCUUCCGCCCUCCUAGAUGGUGACAUCGUUGAUGGGGUGGCGCAACAUCGAUAUGAAUAUUAGUGCUUUUACUCAAUUGACUACUUUUGAGAAUCAAGCGUUGAUGUAUUCCUAGACAGAGAUACGACUUUCAACUGCCGUGAUUUGUUCAAUUGUGACUGCAUGCAUGUAUCCUACAACGUUGUUGAAUGUUGAAUGUUGAAUGUUGAAUUGUUUUUGAGGUCCUAAUUUACUACAAGGCAUUCCACCCAGCAUAAUUGGACAUGUCUACUUCUAGUUGAUAAUGUUUGUACUUCGCCCAUUUCAAUAUAUAUCAUACCGCCCUCAAUUUGUAUACAGAUAUCCGUUCAUUGCAUAAAUCCAUGCCAACGCCUAACUCCUUCCUCCCAUGCUAUAGAUCGCUC